AUGAGACCCACCAGGACCAUUGCCCAAGUGGCUUUCUGCCUGUCUACCAUGGGCUCGCUGUCCGCCGCCUGGCCCACUUGGAUGCACCACGCUGGCCAUGCCCUUGUCGGCAGACAAGAUAAUGAGGGCUCCGAUUCAGAGACGACUUCUAGCCCGACGAAGGGAUCUAGGCCCACCGGCAACCUGAACACUGCGGGGACCCUCGACCCCGACGCUCCUAGGACCACAUCCCCUUCCAACAGCGGAGGCAAUGCCGUCCUGGUUACACCCGACCCGAGGUUCGGAAACCCUCUGAUCAAGGCUGGUUCCACCGUCACCUUUACUUGGAACUAUACCAACCUUCUAGCCACGCCCACCGCUGUUGACGUUCUCCUCAGCCGCUCCGGUGACACCAACCUCCACCCUCGCCUCGCACCCCUUCUCACGGACGAAUUCACCAUGAUUAUCAAGGACGCCGCUGCCGAGGUUACCGAUGCUGGGGAGCCCGGCUACUUGACCAGGACCGAUGUCAGGAUCGACAUCUAUACCCCGCGCCCCUAUACGCCUCUGAAUGACUGGAAUUGCGCAACCUGCAGCGCAGCCAUGUCGGAUCUCGAUAAGAAGGCGCUAAUGUUUGCUGCAUCCAUGGGCGUAGUAACUGUCGCAAGUUUUACGUGGUUCGUGACCGGACUCAACUUGUAA